AUGAAGGUAUGGAAGUUUGCAGCCAUUGCAUCGAUGCUCCUCAGUUCCCUGUUAUCCAUUUUAGUUUGUAGAGACAUGCUCAACGGGAGCCGGAAAUACAGCCCCGUGCCUUCCUCGCCGGCCUCGCGGGCAUCCUCCUCCUCCUCGCUGCCGGCAGCUCCGCGGAGACCCCCACGGGCCCUGGACCGCCACGGCUCGCUGCUCUCCCAGUACGGCGCCUUGCUGGAGAGCUACACGGAGGGCGAGCUGCGGCGGCUCCUGGGCGCGCUGGUGGAGCGGCGGAGCGGGGCCAGGGUGGGCUACGAGUCGGACGAGACUGUGCUUUUCCGCUACUGCAGCGGCACCAACGACGGCGCCCUGCGCAGCUACGACCUGUCGCUGCGCAGCAUGCGGAGCAGCCGCCGCAUCCGCAAGGAGAAGGUGCGAGCCCGGCCCUGCUGCCGGCCCCUGGCCUACGACGACGACGUCUCCUUCCUGGACGCCUACAACCGCUACUACACCGUGAAUGAGCUGUCGGCCAAGGAGUGCGGCUGCGUGUGA